UGAAAGUGGCGCGGCGUCUCUGACGUUAACUCGCCUUGGAGCCGGUGGCGUCCGGGUCUCGGCUGGUGUUGGAGGGCUUGGCUCGUUCGUGGCCCGAGGCCACGAGUUGGGGGCCGCCGAGGGAAGACUGCGCGGGGCGGAGACAUGGCUCACAACAAGAUCCCGCCGCGGUGGCUAAACUGUCCUCGGCGCGGGCAGCCGGUGGCAGGAAGAUUCUUGCCUCUGAAGACAAUGCUGGGACCAAGAUAUGAUAGUCAGGUUGCUGAGGAAAAUCGCUUCCAUCCCAGUAUGCUCUCAAACUAUCUGAAGAGUCUAAAGGUUAAAAUGAGCUUGUUGGUGGAUCUGACAAAUACUUCAAGGUUCUAUGACAGAAAUGACAUUGAAAAAGAAGGUAUCAAAUAUAUCAAACUUCAGUGUAAAGGACAUGGGGAAUGUCCUACAACUGAGAAUACCGACACCUUCAUUCGUCUGUGUGAACGGUUUAAUGACAGAAACCCACCUGAACUUAUUGGUGUUCAUUGUACCCAUGGUUUCAAUCGUACUGGUUUCCUCAUAUGUGCCUUUCUGGUGGAGAAAAUGGAUUGGAGUAUUGAAGCAGCAGUUGCUACUUUUGCCCAAGCCAGACCUCCAGGGAUCUAUAAGGGUGAUUACUUAAAGGAAUUAUUUCGUCGCUAUGGUGAUAUAGAGGAAGCACCACCACCACCUCUAUUGCCAGAUUGGUGUUUUGAAGACGAUGAAGAAGAAGAUGAAGAUGAAGAUGGAAAAAAAGAAUCAGAACCUGGGUCAAGUGCUUCUUUUGGCAAAAGGAGAAAAGAAAGGUUAAAACUGGGUGCUAUUUUUUUGGAAGGUAUAACUGUUAAAGGUGUAACUCAAGUAACCACUCAACCUAAGUUAGGAGAGGUACAGCAGAAGUGUCAUCAGUUCUGCAGCUGGGAAGGGUCUGGAUUCCCUGGAGCACAGCCUGUUUCCAUGGACAAGCAAAACAUUAAACUUUUAGAGCAGAAGCCCUAUAAAGUGAGCUGGAAAGCAGAUGGUACUCGUUACAUGAUGUUGAUUGAUGGCACAAAUGAAGUUUUUAUGAUUGAUAGAGACAAUUCAGUGUUUCAUGUUUCAAAUCUGGAAUUUCCAUUUCGUAAAGAUCUCCGCAUGCAUUUGUCAAAUACUCUUUUGGAUGGGGAAAUGAUAAUUGACAGAGUAAAUGGACAGACUGUUCCUAGAUAUUUGAUAUAUGACAUAAUUAAAUUCAAUGCCCAGCCAGUUGGAGAUUGUGAUUUUAAUGUUCGCCUACAGUGUAUAGAACGGGAAAUUAUAAAUCCUCGACAUGAAAAAAUGAAGACUGGGCUCAUCGAUAAAACACAGGAACCAUUUAGUGUGAGAAAUAAGCCAUUUUUUGACAUCUGUAUUUCAAGAAAGCUACUGGAAGGAAAUUUUGCCAAAGAAGUCAGUCAUGAAAUGGAUGGACUUAUUUUUCAGCCUACUGGAAAAUACAAACCUGGUCGAUGUGAUGACAUUUUGAAAUGGAAGCCCCCCAGUCUCAAUUCUGUGGAUUUUCGCCUAAAGAUAACAAGAAUGGGAGGAGAAGGGUUACUUCCUCAGAAUGUUGGCCUUCUCUAUGUUGGAGGUUAUGAAAGACCAUUUGCUCAAAUCAAGGUGACAAAAGAGCUCAAACAAUAUGACAACAAAAUUAUAGAAUGCAAAUUUGAGAACAACAGCUGGGUCUUUAUGAGACAGAGAACAGACAAAAGUUUUCCUAAUGCCUACAACACAGCCAUGGCUGUGUGCAACAGUAUCUCAAACCCUGUCACCAAGGAGAUGCUGUUUGAGUUUAUUGACAGAUGUGCCGCUGCUUCCCAAGGACAGAAGCGAAAGCAUCACCUGGACCCUGACACAGAGCUCAUGCCACCGCCGCCCCCCAAAAGGCCGUGCCCCUCAACCUAAGCCCUGCCUCUGACUCAGUCUCACAAGGAAAGAUAAGAAGGUGCUGUGGCCAGCCUGUGUACAUUUGGUGCAUUUGUUCCCUCAGUGCUACAGUACAUCAUGGACUUAAACACUUAGUUACAUCUGAUCAACUCAGCCUUACUUUGUGGAAUAUGAAGCUUGAAAUAUCCAAAGUUUUAAAUGAGAUUGAAAUCAAUGAAAGAGAGGCCUUUUUUACAGAUGAAUAGCCUUUACCUUUAAUUUGUAAAGUUAAAAAUCUGGAGCUGUGAGCACAUAAAACAUUGUACUUUCAAUAGUUGGAUUUCAAAUUUGGCAGACUGUCAAAAUUUGAGAAUUUUGUCAAUGGUAUUAGAAGUUCUUGCUAUCAGUUAUCAUGAUUUUUCUUAACACUUCUGAUAUUCCUGUAUUAAAACCAGUGACAAGGUUAUAAAGUAUUGUGUGAAUUUAAACACAGUGCUUAGUCUGGUUUUUAUCAUUUUAAGAAUUUGUUUUCAAAUGUAAAAGUAAAAAGAGAGUAAAGCUUCAUUUUUGUGACUUGCAUAGUUUCUUUUAAGAAGUACAUUAUGUGUCGAAUGUUUGGCCUGUAGCAUCAGAUAUCCAGUGGGUCCACUUUGGUGAAGGUUUUGAGUUACAUUACGGAACUUGAGUCUACAUCACCAUGUUACCGUGUGUCCUCCUGUAGACUUGCCUUCUUUCAAGUGCUAGGGCUACCUCUGAUUUACCUCGUUGGUGUCAGCACAUGGUAAUUAGAUUAAAAUACACAACUCACCGUGGUAUGUGAGAGAGAUAUCAAAUACAAACAAUGUCCCAUUAGUUUCAUUGGACAAAACAGCAGAGGAAAUGCUAGGGACUCCUUUGAUUCGAAGAUAAUGUCAGAGGACUAGAAUAUGGUCACUAGAACAUGCUCUCGCGCUGCCAGAUAAACGCAGAGGCAAAGGCAGAGACAUUUGUAGGAGCAAAACAUCAAGGAAAUCAAGACAUUUACUUUCAAAGCCAGAAUUCUAUCUAUAUACUAUUUUAGGGAUGUUAUUUCAGUAAUACAUCUGAAUUUCAACAUGUUCACUGAUAGAUAAUGGGUAUAAAGGGCAGCUAAUUGGCCAUCUGCCAUUAUUAAGAAACUAUGUCCUGAUUGGUUUGUGAAGGAACAGAAUUAGCUAACUAAAGGCUAAUGUAUUUAUUUUUAGAGGUACAGGUUUUAAGUAUAUGUAUUUAAAACAAAUUUUCAUGAUCUGAAUUUUAUAUAUGUAUAUGCAUAUAUCUGUAAGUAUAUGCAACAGUGUAUAUUCUUCUACUGCUUCAGCCAGACAUGAAAACCCACAAGUUACCUAGAAGACUGAAAACCUGACAGGAUUUCUAUGUCAUAGCACAGAUAAACCAAAAAUGUAUUUAUAUGCACCUGAGUUUUAAUGUUUUUAAACAAAGUUUUCUCCUGCAGUACUUUUCUAUAAGAAAUACUAGAAUUGUGCUUGGGCUUUUUUUUCUUUUUCUUUUUGGUUUGUUGGUCCCAAGUUAUGUAAUGUAUAAUGAAUCUAUCCAAAAUGCUAUUUUAAUGCUUUUUUUUUUCCUAGAGUGCUUUUGUACAUUUGGGAAUUAAAAGAGGUCAGACACCUGUCUGCCACACUGACAGUUGAAAGGGGAAAUUCCCAAGGUUCCAUCUGUCUUUUUACAAAGUGAAUCUAAAACAUGAAAAUGCCUAUGCAACUCCAAAUAGUCCCCACGCAGGCUCAGCUACUCUUUUGUUGGUGUAUUCUCGCUUCCAAGCCUGAGCAAAGGCAGAGCCCUUUUGCAGAUACACAAGGGAGCUCUGCCAGUGAUCUCUUAAUAGAGUUAGAAUGUUUAUGGUAAUCGUAACCUUUGAAAUGAGUUAUGUGGAAAGAGCAUCUCAGUUUUAAUACACCCAGGUAUUGUCUCCUGUCCUUUCUCAUUUUAGCAGGACUUAAUGUUCUUAAGUUAUCCUUUCUUUCUGUUCCAGUGAAAUGUAAUCGGUGGUGUUAGAAGUAGAUCUCAGCCCCCAACACAUUGCCAUCUGCAGUAUCAUAGCAAGUCAUGUGGACAGUCGGGCGAUUGGGGGAGGGGGGCAGAGGAGGCAGAGAGGCAGGACUUGAACAUCAUAAAGAAAACCCUUCCCUCCACUUACCACACGAUGGCUGUUUCUAAGACUAUAAAGCUUUUUUUAAAAAAAAUAAAAGUAAGAAAACUUUGCUCUCCUGAGUUAUAUGUAAAAAGCUUUUGCUUUUUGUUUAGAAAGAGUGUGGAUGACUCCUGCCUGGAUGGUUAGUUACAUUUGCUUUCUGUGAAAUGCUCCGAAAUGUCAGAACAUUCCUUCUAAUUGUGUGUCAGUGUGCAUUGUAAUAAAACUACUGGUUCAAAACAUC